UAUGUUUGCAGGCGUGUCGCAGUUUGAUUCAGUGCAAUUUCGUAAUUCGUUAGCAUCGCUGAAGAAGGAAGUGCAGUCAUGGCGCAAGGGCUUAAAGAACGAUUUGAAAAGUUUCUCCAAGAAAAAAAUCUCAUCACCGAUAUUCUGGCUAAAGUCGAGAAGAAAACUGGAGUAAGCAGGACGUACAUCGCUCUCGCUGUCAUCGCUGUCAUCGCCGUUUACUUGGUCAUUGGUUACGGAGCCUCCCUACUGUGUAACCUCAUCGGCUUUCUUUAUCCAGCUUACAUAUCGAUUAAGGCCAUUGAAAGUGCCACCAAAGAGGAUGAUACUAAAUGGCUGACCUACUGGGUGGUAUAUGGAGUGUUCAGUGUGGCCGAGUUUUUUGCAGACAUUUUCCUCUCCUGGUUCCCAUUCUACUAUAUUGGAAAGUGUGCCUUCUUGGUGUGGUGUAUGGCUCCGACUUCCUCCAAUGGAUCACUCCAAAUUUAUAACCGCAUCAUUCGACCAUUUUUCCUCAAGAAUGAAGCCAAGAUUGAUGACGUGGUGAAGAACCUCAAAGACAAGGCAUCAGAAGCUGCUGACAAAAUCAAAGAUGAAGCCAAGAGAGCCACAGCAAACAUCAUGUUCGAGGAAAAGAAGAGCUCCUAAGCCGGAGGCUGCCCAAAGUGUCGUCUCUGGAGUUGACUUAAACAAGAAAUGUUGCCUUGCUUGUUUUUAAGAUUUUGUGUUCAGUAUGUAACCUUAAUCUUCAUCCAAUCUGUAUUAAAUGUUACACAUGGGUCACAUGUACCAAUUAAGCCAUCCCCCCGGUCAGUUUACUUCUUUAACUUACGGAGACCUGGCAGAUCACUGUCCUCUUGCCCUGAUGUGCAUUAUGAACUAAAUAAAAACAAACAUGCUGAA